AUGACCACAGAGAUCACCUACGCUGAAGUGAGAUUCAAAAACGAAGCCCAGUCCUUGGACACCCCAUCACAGACUCCUGCAGCUCCCAAAGAGAAGACUAGCCCUCCCCAAAGUAACUCUGGUUACCUCAAACUACUCCUUGCCGCAUUGCUGAUUCUUCUGCUGCUGACAAUCUUAUUUUUAAUCACCUUUAUCGGUAAAUCCUGGAGCUGCUGCCCGAAGAACUGGAAGCCAUUUGGUUCAAAUUGCUACUUUUUUUCUUCUGACGCUAGAAAUUGGACUGACAGCAAGAAGAGAUGUUCAGGGAUGCAGGCGCAUCUGCUGGUGGUUGACAGCAAGGAGGAGCAGGACUUUAUUAACAAGAAUGUGAACAAGAAAAUUGCUUAUUAUUUGGGGCUGUCAGAUCUGAAGAAUGGUCACUGGGAAUGGGUUAAUGAGACACCAUACAAUCAAAGUGCCACGUUCUGGCAUCCAGGUGAACCUAGUAAUGGCAAUGAACAUUGUGUUAUGUUAAAUUUUCGUAACCAAAAAUGGGGCUGGAAUGAUAUCCCUUGUCACGACCCUCAGUAUUCAAUUUGUGAGAUGUUGAAGAUCUACUUAUGA